GAUGCAAGCGGUCAUGUUGUGGUUAUUUCGCUACAUGCAGCUUUUUUUCUUUUUUGAUCACAAUAAGGAAGUUGUUACACGGAAAAUAUUCCACUGUUUGUCGUUGAUUUUCCAAGAAAUCAUGAGUGAAAACAUGUACCAAAUGGCAUACUUUGAGACAAAAAAAAACCAUGUUAAAUCUUGAAGCAGAAUGUUGGAAAAUGUUGACAAGUUUAGGUUUUCAAGUUUGUAUUAAUUUAGAUUUGUUUGAUUUAGGCUUGUGAUUUUGUCAGAAAUAAUAGGAAAAAAUAGAAAAAUAACCGUUCAAUAGUUGGAUUUCCCUCGAGUAGUUCUGUUAAAUAUAAAUAACAGUUUUGUUGUGUGAAACAUAGUUAAAAUUGAUUGUAAAUUUGCAUAGUGUCUAUAUAUAGUAUGUAGAGAUAACUGUGGUCUUUGUUCACAUGCUGACAAAGCGUUUCUUAUUAGAUAGACAAAAGAAAUCAUGGUCAAUAUUGUGUAGAUAACUUCUAGAUAGUUCAAAAAUUCACAAAUAAUCCUAAGCCAUUGUUGGUAAACAUCCUAACUGGUUGAAAAUAUAGAAUAUAUAAAACGCCCUUUUCGAAACAUAUAUUCUAACACAUCCCUUAUAUUUCAAUAAACCAACAAAAUGUACGAAAUAUUUGUUGUGGAUUCUGUUGACUCAUUUUAUUACAACAGAUUGUUAGGGAAAAAUAAAUGAUUUCUUCUGGACCUCAUGUACAACGUUAAGCGUGUUAAGUCAUCUUGACCUUUGCUACCAGACUUAAUUGACAAACACGAAACAGGAAGAUUUGACUUAAAUAAUGUAAGGAGUAAAUACUGAAUAUGUUGAACAUUGUUGUUUUAACGACUAUUUCUUAACGUACAAUAAUUACAAAAAGAAAAAAGGAGCUAUGAAGCUAAUCAGUUUUACAUUUCUUGUGGUACAUGUAGUGAACAAAAAUCUGUUUGUGGACGGUCAAACAGAUUGUGGUAGAAUAUCACUGACGUAUGUCCAAGCAGGAAGUACAGUUGAGGCUAAGCUACGUUUUUCUCCAAGUACUGAGCUUUCACGGUAUAAAUGGGUUCAUUUUUUCUCAAGGACCAAACCAAACUUUGACUUUUUAAAGGAUGUCAAAGAAGACAGGUUAAAAUAUAACCUUAAAGAUUUCGAACUCAUUAUCAAAGAUCUACAAGCGUCUGACGAUGGUAUUUAUAACACAGAAUGUUAUCUGGAAAAUGGAUAUCAAACCUUUAGUGAAAAUAGGGUUGAAAUCAAGAAACCCUACACUGUGCAACCGUCGACGAAACUUUCUUCUGUAACAUCAAAAUAUGAAACUGAAAGCACACUUAAGCAAACAUAAAAAACAACAGCUUAUGUGAUUAGUGUAACAACACAAGCCGUUCAAGAAAAUCCAAAGAAAACAUCGGCAACACACGAACAUGAUACGCAUACAACUAACAAAGAUGAUAUGUAUGCCACUUAUGAAGUUCCUUACUCCAAGUCUGACCCAGAUCAAGUUACAGUGGAAAGCAGUGAUACUGGAAUUACAUCAGAUGACACAAUUACAACCAUAUUAGUGAUAGUAGUAUGUGGUGUAGUUGUUAUAUUUGGAACUGUGACGGUAACGAUAGCGUUAAGAAAGAAAACAUGCAGGCCUAAAGCAACCGAAGAAGAAGGUGAUCAACAACAAAACAGCUCCCAUUACACCGCUGUUCUGGACAAAACCGAAGAUGAUGCAAAUUACUGCGAGAUUAAUCAACUCGAAGAUGGAAGAGUGGCAUCAGAUACAAAACUUCAGACAUUCAGCUCUCCAGAACCGGAUGUUACUCCAGUCAGCAACACAACUCACGUUGGAAACAUUUAUCUGAAUACCAGGGCAGUGGUAGACGAAUCAGAACAUGAAUAUACCGUCAUUAAAUGCGAUUCUGAGACAACAAUUGGACAUGAUUCUGCAACAGAAUAUUGCAGAAAGAAAACAGAUGAUUAUGUCAACUGUAAGACUUUGACAACGACGGGCGAAUCUGGGAAUGAAUAUGAAAUAAUUAAAUACUAGAGCGAAGCAGCUAGUAACUGAUCAUUGCAGCAACAACACUUUUAAGAACGAUAAAGUGAAACUGGAUGGUGAGGCGUGAACAUAAAGAACUAAAGAACAGAAAUAAUUCACAUAUUGAAAACAAAGAUGCCAAUAAAAGAACCACAGUGAAAAACGAAAGUGGCAGUUCAUAUGAAUAAAUCCUGACCUUAACCCCACCUAACUCACAACAAAAAGAAGUAAAAGCAGCAACAACAAAAUCAUAAAUAAAACUAUAAAGUCUCCCCCCCCUCGCCCCUUGCAGAAUGAAGAAAUCAAACAAACUACCAGGGUAACAGGAUAAAGCUUUUACUGAAUAAAAAUCAAAAUAGCUGAAACUUUGGUGAUGUACGAGCUUGGCUACCAGUAUUUCAAAUAUGUGAAAUAAAUUUUGUAUUAUAUUUGUAAAUUGAUGUAUUGAAGUUUGAAUUUUUAACUAUAAGUUCUUGAUCUUUUGAACGAAACUUUUUAUUUGAAGAAAUAAAUUGGUGUGAAUAUAGA